AUGCUAAACAUCAAAAAAACUGUCUCAAAAAACAAGCGACGUUACCGGGAUGACGACUUCGACUUGGAUCUAAGCUAUAUCAAGCCGACAAUCAUUGCGAUGGGAUUUCCUUCAGAUAAACUUGAAGGUGUUUACAGGAAUCAUAUAGAUGAAGUUAUAAGGUUUUUUGAUACAAAACACAAACAACAUUACAAAAUUUAUAACCUAUGUAACGAAAGGACUUACGAUCCGGAUCGAUUUUUUAACCGUGUCGCUACGUACGCUUUCGAGGACCAUAAUGCCCCACCUUUUGCCUUGAUUCAACCUUUCUGUGAUGAUGUGGAUGAAUGGCUGAAAAAGGAUGAAAAGAACAUUGUUGCUGUUCAUUGUAAAGCCGGAAAGGCAUGUGGGCGUACGGGAGUUAUGAUCUCUUGUUACCUGUUGUAUGCUAAUUUUUUUGACGAUACAAAUGAUGCUCUUAAUUUUUACGGGCAAGCAAGAACACUCGAUGCUAAGGGUGUAACGAUACCUAGUCAAAGAAGAUAUGUAGAAUAUUACGGAUACAGCCUCAGGCAUAAAUUAAUUUACAAACAGCGACCACUUUUAAUGAACGGCAUCAUCAUUGAAACUGUUCCUAAUAUCAGUAAUGGGACUUGCUGCCCAUUCUUUACCGUAAGACAACAUAAUGUUAAAUUAAUUACAUCGAAAGUUAUGGAGGUACUAAGAAAAGGGAAUGAACGCAUAACUUUUGUCCUAGACAAGCCCUUGCCAAUUUGCGGUGACGUAAAGAUUGAAUUUUUUCAUAAAUCUGAAUAUUUCUCUAAGAAGUCAAGAAUGUUUCAUUUCUGGUUCAAUACGUUCUUUGUUGUACAAUUUGCAAAGAAUAAUAACGAUCACACAGACAGAGAAAACGUUUGUGGCCAAGUCAAAAUCGUUCAAGCUAUUGGUGAUACCUGCCACUCCCUGAUAUUCAAGAAAGAAGAGAUCGAUCAAUCUCAUAAAGAUACAAAAAAUAAAACAUUCUCUCCUGAAUUUAAGGUAGGAAUAUCGUAUACCCUAUUCACUGACUGCUUGUGA